UCCCUCUGCAGGUCAGGUGAUUACUGGGAAAUCAGCCUGGUUCUCCUCUAUGUCCUCCUCCUAUUGAUGAAUAAAGAUCAGGGGGUGUUACUCUUUCAGAGACGAUAUAUUGUGUGAAACUACAGCACUGCCUCAGAGGAUCACACACAUUUCUACUACUGAACAACUGUGACUCCACACAGUUUUGUGCUUUUUACAUCAGAAGACAUCGAGGAACAUCAGACUUCUUUACUCCCUCAGUUAUAUCUUCCUCUGCAUCCCUAUUAACAGAUGAUACAUGAGGAGUUGGACAUCCCGAGCACGCAUUUUGAAAUCACGACACUUGGCUGACAACUAUCAACAGAGUGUAUGCAAAUUUGGACCAGAGAGCACACAACCGGAGGAUCAUACACUCACCAGCAAGAUGGAUGAACUUCGUUGACCAAAAAUAGUUAUUUUAUUUGCUCAUUAAAAAUAUCUCUCCAACAGGCUGGCCCCGGUACCAACUGAUUAUAACUUUAUUAGUACUGCUAUUACUUACCUUCACCAUAAUGGCAUAUUUAUUGAAGUCAGCUUGGGGCGUAAUUUUAUCAGCUCUUCCAGGAUCAAAAUCAAACAUUGCUGAAAAAAAGCAGCCAGCCAAGACUUCACCUCUUGUUAAUUUACAACCAAAUGAUAAUAUUUCAGAGGGGCAAGAGUGCAUUCAACGGCUUGCUGAUGCUGUUAAAGAAAAAAGCUCACUGUUGGAACCACAAACAGGUCCUCUUCCUGUUUAUAAAAUUCCCCUGAAUGAAGAACAAAUUAAUCUCACUGGGUGCAGGCGUUUCAGUUUAGGAAAAGACUCCAAUAAACCUAAUCGCACCAUAAUGGUUCUUGGAGCAACUGGGGCUGGAAAGUCAACUCUCAUCAAUGGGAUGAUCAAUUACAUUCUAGAUGUUGAAUGGAAGGAUUCAUUUCGUUUUAAGUUGGUCAAUGAGGAUCAGUCAAAAUCACAAGCUGAAAGCCAGACAACGGAAGUCACAGUUUACAAAAUCAACCACCAAGAGGGGUUUAAAAUAGAGUACUCACUGACCAUUGUUGACACUCCAGGUUUUGGAGAUACAAGAGGCAUAGAGAGAGAUAAAGAGAUCACAGAACAGCUGCGUAAUCUCUUCUCUGCUAAGCUUGGUGUCAGUGAAAUUGAUGCUGUGUGUUUUGUAGCUCAGGCUUCUUUAGCACGACUCACACCAUCACAGAAAUAUGUGUUUGAUUCAGUUCUCUCAAUCUUUGGUAAAGAUGUGGCAGAAAACAUCAGGGUUCUGGUGACAUUCGCAGACGGCCAGCGUCCACCAGUUCUAGAGGCAAUCAAUGCUGCAGGUGUCCCAUGUCCAAAAACAAAAGACGGGCUGCCAGUUCACUUCAAAUUCAAUAAUUCAGCUUUGUUUGCAGACAAUAAAUCAUCAGCAGCAGACAGCAUGAGUGAGGAUGAGGAAGAUGGAGGCUUUGAUCAGAUGUUUUGGAAAAUGGGGACAAAAAGUAUGAAGAGGUUCUUUGCUGCUCUGAAUGUCAUUGAGACCAAAAGUCUGACGAUGACGAAAGAGGUCCUCAGAGAAAGAAAGCAGCUUGAGAACUCAGUUGAAAACUUGCAGAAGCAGGUUAAAUUUGGGUUAGCCAAGCUUGAGGAGAUAAACGAAACAUCUCAAAAACUGAAAGAGCACGAGGCAGAAAUCAGCAGAAAUGAGAACUUUGAGUUUGAAGUUACUGUCACAAAGCCUGUUCAAAUAGAUAUUUCUGGUAAAGGAAAUUUCCUCACCAACUGUCAGCAGUGUCAUAACACCUGUCACCAUCCCUGUGGAAUACCCAGCGAUGCAGAUAAAAGAGGGUGUGUAGCAAUGGGAUCAAAUGGACACUGUACUGUGUGUCCGGGCAAAUGUUACUGGAAUGAACAUUUUAAUCAGAAGUAUAAAUGGGAUUAUAAGGAAGUUAAAGAAAAACGAACAGUGAAAGAACUGAAAGAAAAGUACCUAAAAGCUGCAGAUGCUAAGAGACCUGUUCAGACAUUGAUUGGAAAACUGAAGGCUGAAUAUGAUGAAGUGCAGACUGAGGUGAAUAAACUGAUAGCGUGCUCUGCUCAGUGUUUAAACAAACUUAAAGAGAUAGCACUGAAGCCAAACCCUCUUUCUACUCCAGAGUAUAUUGACAUGAUCAUUGAGGGAGAGAAAUCUGAGUGCAAGCCAGGCUGGAAGGAAAGAGUUCAGUCCCUGAUAGCCAUGAGAGAAAAAGCAGAGUGCAUGGCUAAAGUAGACAGAGGAGAGAAGCUCCUCCAGAGUCCAUCUACUGACUUACAGCAUUGUAACCAGGGUCAAACAAAGAACAAAGCCGAGACUGAUACCAACCAAAACAAGGCCAAGCCCAAUUCCGAUAUAGACAAAUAUCCGACUGAGGCAGGAACCAACCAAAACCAAGAUGAGUCCAAUAUAAACCAAGACCAAGACAGUAAGCUUCAUACUAACAUAGAUCAAGAACAAGACAAAACUGAUUCUGAAUCUGACCAAGGCCAGGACAGUAAGCUUGAUACUAACCCAGAUGCGGAUCACAUCAAGACUGAUUCUGAUUCUGACAAAGGCCAAGACAGUAAGCUUGAUACUAACCCUGAUGAGGACCAAGAAAAGACUGAUUCUGACCAAGGCCAGGACAGUAAGCUUUAUACUAACCCAGAUGAGGAUCACAACAAGACUGAUUCUGAUUCUGACAAGGACUAAGACAGGGCUCAUGCCACUAGCCAGCAAGACUGAGAGCCAGUGUUGCUGUGGGACAAAGUGAGACUAGCCUCCAAUCAAAUGCCAUGUAUGUAGAUAUUAUGUUUAUAUAGUGGAUCCAUACAUAUUACAAACAAAAUAUGUUUUGGAACUUUUGAUAUUUAUUGCCCCUCAACAGGCCACAACUGGGCAAAAUAAAAUUAUGCUUGUUAAGCACUAUACAAAAAAUAAAUAAAUACUUCCAUUUAGAGAAGGCUACUUUUGGAUUAUUUGGGCUCGCCAUACCUGUCUCUCGUUGACUGACUCGCUUGUGUUGUUCGUUGUGUGUCCGACUAUGCGUGCUUUCGAACGCCCGCCCAACUCUACCUCUGAUUGGCUUACCAUGAAAUUUUACUCAACCUCAGCCAAUCGUCAGCAUUUAUGUGCUUGUCUCGUGCACUGCCCACUAACCAAAGAAGAACAGUAAAAAAGUAUUUGCCUCUCGGCUCAGAGACACAUUUUUUGGCAGUAACGGUAACGGUGUUAUUAAGAUGGGAAGAGUAAUCAAUUAGAUUACUUGUUACUGAAAAAGGUAACGCCGUUAUUCCCAUCACUGCUGAGAGCACACAAAGAUAAGUGUCAACCAAACAAGGCCAUACCAGACAAGAACAAGAGUAGCACAAUGGUUGUCACAGUGCAGAAUCCUUUUUAUAAAAAAAAUGCACAGGCUAAAUUUAAAGAAUUUAGUUGACGGGUGUGUACUCAGACUUAGACAGACAUAAUGGCUGGGAGGACAAAUUUAUAUGUGAUUGAUUGUUUUAAAUAAUAUGUUUUUAUAUACACUUUUGUUUGCAUUAUAUUUUAUUUGGCUUUGGUUCAAUUUAGUGGCUUAAUUAUGGAGAACAAUAUGUUUUAUUACAGCCUGUAGUUUUGUCUUUUUUGUCUGGUGUGUUACACAAAAAAAAUAAAUAAAUGUAUCAUGUCAA